AUGGCCGAGAAGAGAAAAGGCAAACGGCGACGAGACGAGGAGUACAGCUUGGACCCCGAGGCUGCAGCCGAUAAGCCCAGCAAAACCGAGUACUCUGUGGCCGCUUGGUUGCGCAAGCACGUCCCACACAAGAAGACAAAAUUUGCCGGACACAAUGUCGAGUACUUUACAGGCAGCAAAGCCGUUGACAGUUUAUUGGAAUCAAAAUGGGCAACCAGCGAGAAGUUGUUCACUACCAGACAAGAGAUCGAAACGUUUUUGGACUUAAUGUUGAAGCAUCAAUUUUAUCACCGUGCUAAGAAAGUACCGAUAUCUGAUCAGGAACUAAAAGCUAUGAAAAAUAAAAAGUCCAAAAAAUCAAAUGAUACUGAUAAAGACGAGAAGAAGAAAACAGAUAAAAAGAAAAAAGAUAAAAAAGAUGAUGAAAGCGAAGAAACUAGUAAAGAUGACAAAAUUGAUGAUGAUAAAAUCAAAUCCACUGAAAUUGAACGGAAAAAAAAAAGUCGUAAAAUACGUUUAGAAAUGCAUAUGGAACAAUCAUUUGUUGACAAUUUGGAUGCAUAUGUUUGGAUUUAUGAUCCUAUUCCAUUUUAUUAUUGGGUAAUAGGAACAUUCAUUGUAUUUGGUGGAAUUGGAAUUUGUUUAUUCCCAUUAUGGCCACCACAAGUGAGAAUGGGUGUGCAGUACUUAAGUAUAGCAGCAGCAGGAUUUCUGAUAUUCAUUAUUGUUUUGGCCAUUCUUAGAUUAGUCUUGUUCAGUUUGCUUUGGAUAUUGACAACAGGCAAAUUACAUUUUUGGUUAUUCCCAAAUCUGACAGAAGAUGUCGGCUUCUUUGCUUCAUUUUGGCCUAUUUAUACAUAUAGUGUAUUCUAUAAAAAAAGUGCUAAAAAGGGAAAGAAGAAAAAAGAGAAAUUAUCAGACGAUGAAGAUGAAGAUGAUAAGAAACUGGAUGAUUGUGAUGAAGAAAAAAAAUCUUCAGAAUCUGAAAUCGACGAAAAGGUUCCUGAAACUGAAACAUUUGAACAUGACAACACUUUAUUAAAUACAGAAUCUGGAAAAUUUGAAAAUCCAAAAUGUUCUGAAGAUUCCUCUUCAACUGAUACAGAAUCAAGUAGUCAGCAGUCGCACAGUGUUAAUGAUUUUGUCAUGGUGGAAAAACAUGAUGCCCAAGACACAUAA